AUGGUGUUGCGUCGUCUCCUCUGCUGCCGCCGCGUCUCGACGCCAUCGGCUUCUGCUAGCGGUUGCGCAAAACUUUUCCUCCUCCUCUUAUCCGCUAAUUCGAUCAUCGUCGGUCGCGUCGGCGGUCAGCUGCCAGAUCAACUUGAUCCGUUUCUCGAGAAGCUGUUCGAGUUUGAAGAGUGUGAGUCUUUUUUUUGUUGGUCUUUGCCAAAGAUUCUUCGGUAAAAGUCGACGAUUGGGGGAUAAUCUCUUCACUUUUUCGCAGAAAGUGAAGCAGACACGAAUAUUUGCAGGCGAAGACUUUCUCGGCUCCACAGAAUACAACAAUAUUGCCACGACGAAAUGCGACCCGCUCACCUGCGAUUUCCCCCGCCAACUGUGCGCUCGUCCGUCCGCAAAGUUUCAGGACUCUUCGGCGAACACGUGUCGCACAAUUCCCACCGAGGUAUUUUUUUGCAACAAAUUGUCUGUUUUUUCAAUGUUUCCUUUGAUUGGCUCAUUCAGUGGAGUAAAGUACGGUAAAAACCGGUUUUUACUGGGCUUCUUGCGAGUAUUUAAGACAAAAGUAACAUUUUUUCAGUGUCUGACGGCGGCGAACGGCGGCGUGCCACUUGCUCCGUCGGUUCAGACGACGUCGUCUCCGUUCAUGCCCCAGCCGCUGCCGAAUGCGAUCUCUCCGAUGAUGCCUGCGCCGACGGACGGCCAAGGUAAUCAGUAAUCAAUUCUAGUUCUUUUUUCCACUCGUCUCGCCCGACCAAACAUUGACAUGUCUCCUCUAGAAGCGCUGUAAUUCCAUUAAACUGUCGGCAACAAAAGAAGACGUACUUUUUACUUUCAUUUCUCCUCCUCCCUUGCCCUCCGAUGAGUCAUCCGCAUUGUUGCAGCUUCCCCGCCGCCGGAUCCGCUCUCAAUUUGCCAAAUGGGCGUGCCGAACGGACGAUUCUGCGGGUUUCGGCCAAUGUAUAUCUAUAAUCGCGUGAGUUGCGGCUGGUUUUCAUCGCGGAAUAGUAGUAUGUAUUCUGUUUCAGGAGACGAUGCAAUGCGACGAUUUCUGGUUUCCGGGAUGUCGGACGGCCGACACGAACGCCAAUUUGUUUGAGGAUUAUCAACAGUGCCAAAAAGUGGCGGAUAUGUGCAGACGUGAGUUAUUUGGCAAAUGAGCCCUACCGCUAAACUUGCAGCGACGCCUCCGCCACCAACUCUGCCGCCAUUCCGACCUCGACCCCCCGCUCACCGUCCCCAUCCUCCCCGAACAAUCCAUCCUCCGCCACCGCCUCCACAUCAACCAGCGCCCUCUCCGUUCGUCGAUGCCUUCAAAUCGUUCGGUGGCGGCGGCGGCAACAGUCCCGUCGGUCAAGGAGCUCUCGGAGCCAUCGGAAUGUUCACCGGAAGCGGACUCGCACCGACCGGACAAGGACCUCUCGGUAACUUUGCGCCGAACCCGAACGCAGGAGCAGCUGGAGGCGGCGGGGGACAGGACGGACAAGAUUUGGGCCUGUUCGGACUCAUUCAGCAGGGAAUAAUGGGUGCGCAGGCGGCCGGACAGGGGAAAGGAGGCAAAGAAGCGGCCUCGAAGGCCGCCGGUAAGAUUCUCGAGCAAUUCACGGGAUUCGACCUCGGCGGACUCGGCAACAACUUUGGGGGACUGUUCGGAAGGUGA